UUUUGACGUAACGCAGCACUGAAAGACCGGAAGCCUCGGUUGCGCUUCCGCUCAUCUGUGCGUCUUGUGUCGCGGGCUGGCAUUCAGAUUAGUGACCUUCUGCGGGUGAUCUGCUGCACUUAUUACAGUUUAGAGAUGGCCGGAGGUGUGUUUGGAACCUGGUGGUCUCGAGUCGGCCCGUACUACUCCAAGGCGUACCAGGAGGUCUGGGUUGGCCUGGGAGUCAUGACUUACCUUUACUACAAACUCUCCUAUGGAGGAAAGAAAGCAGUGAAGUCUAAGUCUGACCACUCGCACUGACCAGACCACCACACGAUGUGACCAUCCCCUGCUCCCACUGUGUAAAUCUGCCCCCAGAAGAGCUUCACUGACUCCACAACUUUUAUCUGUUUGUGAAAUUAAUAAAUGCUCUGUUUGGAAAACCUGUA